CUCCACCAAGAUGAUUAUUUUAAAAGGAGAUCAGGCGGAUUUCACUGAUAGAAAUUCUAGAGGUGAAUUAGUACACGAUGAACCGUAUCUCCCUAGAUACUCCCAGCAAGGAUAUGACUUUAACUACGAUGCUGAUAGAGAUCAUGAGCCAUCGAUGACAGAGACAGGGGAUAGCAAUCUAAGACCCCUUCUCCCUAUACACGCCCCAUAUCAUAAUACGCGAGAUAGAACUACAGCAGCGCCAUACAAUCCUUUAGAAACAACAUCCACAAACUCCUCCAGACACCAACAAAGCUCAGAAAACCCUUUUGCCCAUCCGGACGACUCUCAGUCUCUCCUCAUCGGUCCAGUUCCAGAUAAUCUAGCAAAACGGAGAACUAAAAAGAGAUUUUUUAUCGCAUUAGCUUGGGCUUUGUCCGUUUAUGUAGCAAUUGGUGCCAUUUUAGGGCCAGUUUUAGAACACUACCUCAAUGACAAUAGUCCUAACGUAUCAAACGAAUCCGACUCUAACUAUCAACUGCCUUAUGGUUUAUCUGCUAAUAGAAGUUCCGUUUCUUCGAAACUCGCUCUUCAAGGUUCUUCCGAAUUAGUUCUCCUCCCAGCGUCCGGAAAGAUCGACAUUCAAUUACCUUCAACAGUCAAUGGAAAAGUUAAAGUUGAACGUUCACCAACCAAUGAAACCGACAAAGAUGGUAAUCCAACCGCACCAUCAAAGGAAACUUCCUUCUGGGCUCAAUUCACACUCCCAAAAUCAGUUGAUGCAGUCAUGUCGAAGCACUCUGAAUCACUCAUCGCUCAUUUAUUAGUCCCAUUACAACCACUCCAGUUGGUUCUUCCUCUUCAACAACCUCCAUUAGAUUCAAACGGUACAAACAGCACAGACACCUCACAUCAUGGAAAACAUCACGAUGAUGACGACGAUGAUAACGAUGACAAGGAUGAUAGUGGUAACUCCACUUCAAAAUCUAAUCAACGUAGACGAUCAUUUGAAGCUCAGCCGUUGGAUUCUAGAGAAACCACAAAACCUAUUCAAUCAACUCCACCAAGUAAAUGGCAUAGAGCACUUUGCCCUCUCAUAAGUCCAUUCGGUAACAAGCUUCCAAGCUUUCUGCCAAUUGCCUGUAAUGGUAUUCAUAGCAUGAGAGCUCAGUUGUGGUCAUCAUACAAUAACGAAUGGAGUAAACGUAAUGUUCAGCAAGAGCCUACGGAUCUAAUUGAUACAUUACCAAAUAAGCUCUCAAAGAGAGCACUUGCAAGUGAUCAAUUAAAUGCCACAACUUCAAAUUCAACGAGCUCUGGUGAUUUCGGUCAGAUUCAAUUCAGUCCAGGAGAGAACCAACCAUCGGAAUGGGCAAGUUUGAUAGUUGAAAGCUUAAAUCAAAACGUAACUGGCGGAUUAAAUAUCACAGUCGAUGAUCCAUAUAGUAAUGGUACAUCUGCUGUUGAUAUUAUACCUGCAUGUACAAACUGUCUCGCCGAUGCUGCGAUAACACUCUACUUACCUUCAGAUUUACCUGCAUUGGAUUUAUCCAUUUCCACAAAAUCUAAAGACAUGGGAGUAUUUAUUAGUGAUCUUUCUGAAGUCAUGUUAGACACUGUAAGGCUGGACCUUCAAAGUGGUAACAUUGCAGUUGAAGAACUCAAUGCAACAACGCAAACAAUUAACACCUACAAUGGAACAAUACUUGGUAAAUUCUCAACAAAUAGUUAUUUAAGUAUGGGUAGUACAACAUCAACUAAUGCGACAGUCUCAUUAUUCGAUAAAAUUAAUUAUUAUGGUGGUGACGCUUACAUCAACGCGUACGCCUCAAAAGGUAACUCAACGUUGUCUAUAAACGGUACAGCAUUGAGGGAUGAUGUAUAUGUCAACGCAGAUGGAAGAAAGAGUUCGCAAUUGAAUUUGCCACUGGAUUAUACCGGUAAAUUUGGCGUUAAAGCUAAACAUAAUGAUGGUACAGCGAUAUUGAAUGUCGAAAAUUCAACCAAAGUUGUUAGACACGGUAUAGGUGAAAUCAAGAACACCGAUCAGGAGAAUCCUGAUCCUAAUGAUGACCACAUUGAUUGGAUCUGGUCCACAAAUAUUUCACAAUAGUAGACAAAUGCCACCUGCUAAGUUUUUAGAAACUACCAUCGCAUAAAAUAACUAGAUCGUUUAAAAGCAUAUACACAUAAUUCACGCACUCACAACAACAACAACAACAACAACACAAUCAUCAUCUUGCAUUAUAUCAAACACGUUAAAUUCAAAACUCACGUAUAUUUAGAAUUUUAAAUUAUUUAAAAGACAAAUCUUUUAAUAUAGCUUUAUGGUUU